AUGGAAGUUUCUUAUAAUGAGCUUCUGAAAGCUACCAAUGGAUUUAAUGAUUCGACCAACUUGCUUGGUGUGGGAUGUUUUGGUUCUGUGUAUAAGGGAAUUCUUCAUCAGGAUGAAUCAAGACCUGUUGCAGUUAAGCUUCUACACCUUCGGCAAAGAGGCGCAACCAAGAGUUUUAUGGAUGAAUGUGACGCCCUCCGAAAAGUUAGACAUAGAAAUUUACUCAAAAUCAUAACAUGCUGCUCAAGCGUUGAUUUUCAAGGUAGUGCUUUCAAAGCUCUAGUUUUUGGGUUCAUGACUAAUGGGAGUCUAGAUAAUUGGUUGCACCCAACAAUAAGUGACACAGACAACAACGAUGAAUUACUAGUAAAGAAUUUGAACCUGCAAAGAAGGUUGAACAUUGCAGUUGACGUUGCUUCUGCACUAAAUUAUCUCCACCAUGAUUCUGAAUCGCCUAUUGUUCAUUGUGAUCUGAAGCCAAGUAAUGUCCUUCUUGAUGAUGAUUUAAGUGCGCAUGUGGGUGAUUUUGGGUUGGCUAAGGUUCUUCAUCACACCUCUAGCAAUUCUAGACAGCUGAAUGAACAAGAUGCAAGUUCAAUUGCAAUAAAGGGCUCCAUUGGUUAUGUCUCCCCUGGUAAGAAAAUCAUGAUUAGCUGUUAUUGA